AUUUCUUGCAACCAAAUUUCUUGAAUCCUCCUCAAUUUGCUUCUUCUCCAAAACCCUACCAUUCUCUUUGCUUUCUUACUUCACUUUCUGUAUACAGAAGCCAAGCUCAGAUUCGAAUUCUUUGUCUCAGAAAAUCAGGCGCUUUUACUCCUGCCCACCCCUAAAAGAUCAAGACUUGAUUUGAUAAUUUGUCUUCACGAAAUGGAUGAUGUGAAGGAUAAAUUCAAAGGGUUCAUGAAGAAAAUGAACAAUCAGAUUUCUUCUUCUUCUUCUUCUGGAAAAUUCAAGGGUCAAGGCAGAGUUUUGGGUUCAUCUUCGUCGGGACCAACCGCCAAUUCCAUUCCGAGUUAUUCGAAUCCGAGGCCGAAUCAACCCACGAAUUCUAAACCUGCGGAACAAAGAGCUGAGAAAAAGCCCGAAAUUCGGGUUGAUUCGGAGGAAAAAAUCCAGCGAAAGCCUGAGAUUCGUGCUGAUCAGGAGGCGAAGGUUGAAUCGAGAAGUGGAUUUGAUCCUUAUGGUUCGUUGAUUACCUCGGGUAAGAGAAACCCUAAUGGCUAUGAGCUGAAUGUGAUUGAAUGCCCUGUUUGUGGAAGAGGGUUCGGUUCCGAGGAAGAGGUGUAUGCUCAUGUGGAGAGCUGUUUGAGCUCCGGAGUGAGCAAUGUGAAUGUUUCCAAUGAUCCCGAGAUAGGCGAGAAGGGAAUUGAGGUGAAAAGUGAAUUGGAAGCUUGUGUUUCCACUUAUCUUUCUGGGAAGCCCUCAGAAGGGUCUCUGGAAAUCGUGCUCAAGCUCUUGAGGAAUAUCGUAAAGGAACCCGAGAAUGCAAAAUUUAGGAAAGUUAGGAUGGGGAAUCCAAAGAUAAAGGAGGCGAUUGUCGAUGUGGCUGGAGGUGUGGAGCUCUUGGAGUUUGUGGGGUUUGUAUUGAAAGAUGAAGGUGGGGAAAUGUGGGCUGCCAUGGAUGCUCCUUCAGAAGAAGGAAUCGUUUUGCUUAAGAACACAGUUUCAUUUCUGGAGCCCCAAAAAGUCGAGAACUUUCAGUCGAAAGCUCCUGCUAAGGCAGAAGAACCGGUUGAACCAAAGAAGAUCGAUAGACAGGUCCGAGUGUUCUUUGCUGUGCCUGAAAGUGUUGCAGCUAAAAUUGAGCUGCCUGAUUCUUUUUUCAACCUGUCACGUGAGGAACUGAGAAGAGAGGCAGAAAUGAAGAGGAAAAAGAUUGAAGAAUCCCAACUUUUGAUUCCUAAAUCGUACAAGGAAAAGUUGGCAAAAGCUACAAAAAAGAGGUAUACGAAAACUGUCAUCCGGAUUCAAUUUCCAGAUGGAGUUGUACUUCAAGGAGUGUUUUUGCCCUCGGAGCCAACUAGUUCCCUUUAUGAGUUUGUGAGCUCUGCAUUGAAGGAACCAAGCUUGGAGUUUGAACUUCUGCAUCCAGUGGUGAUUAAACGCCGUGUAAUACCAUGUUUCCCUGCAGCGGGGGAGAAAGCCAGAACGCUCGAGGAGGAGGAUUUGGUUCCCGCUGCCCUGAUAAAGUGCAAGCCUAUCGAGACUGAUUCUGUUGUCUUCACGGGUCUCUCCAAUGAACUGCUCGUGAUCAGCGAACCCCUCGUGAGUGAAAAUGCAGUGGCGCCGUAGUGAGUCAUUCAAAACUCGAUUGAAAAGUCAGUUGCAAAAAGUACUGGUUUGAGGUUUGAGGUAUAUGAUCUGAUGACAUGAAGAUGGCAAUCCCUUUAUGAACUUUUAUAGUUGAUUUUUCAUACUUUUCCUUCUUUCAUAAAUGAUUUCAACAGGUAGAUCAAAUGUACAGUUUAAUUGCUUGAUACCUCCUUUUGGAAUCAAAGUAAAACUUUUACUAAAUAAUUUUUUUUUUUUUU